AUGACGGACAUUGGCAUCAUAACUUAUUAUCUUGGCAUUGAGGUCAAGCAAAUGAAGGAUGGAAUUUUCAUUCACCAAGAAGGCUAUGCUAAGGAAAUUCUCAAGAAAUUCAAGAUGGAAGAUUGUAAAUUGGUGAACAAACCCAUGGAAGUUAGAAUUAAAUUGUCAAGAGAUGAAGAUGGAGAGUCGGUGGAUCCAACAUUUUUCAAAAGUCUUGUUGGAAGCUUGAGAUACUUAAUAUGCACAAGGCCGGACAUAUUAUUUGCGGUUGGAUUUGUUAGUAGGUUUAUGGAAAGACCCACCAUAACUCAUUUCAAGGUGGCUAAGAGGAUUAUUCGUUACAUCAAAGUGAUUGGGCCGGAGAUUUGGAUGAUAGAAAAAGUACUUCUGGCUAUUGUUUUUUCAUGGGAAAUGUUGCCUUUACAUGGUGUUUAA